CUGAGGUCGUCUGUGAUCUUAAUCUUGUGUGAAUCUGCCAUGAUCGUAAUUUUUUGUUUUCUCUGCAGAGCCUCAACAUCAUAUCCGGAGGAUAAUGUCAGUAAAUCUUGAGUAAAAUACAGACUUUACCUUUCGCGUGCGAAUGCGCCACACGCAACAAACAUGGGGGAUUAAUUUCUAAAUCACGUGAGGUCUGCUGGUAAUGCUAGUCCCGUGUGAAUAAGGAUUUGAUGACUUUUAUUCCCACUGCACUUGUAUUUUUGGCUAGACUCUGUUUACUUGUUCUCUGCCUAAGGUUACCGAGACAGGUUUUGCACUUAAUGUGUUAACAUAUUACUGAGCUGAUAUUGUUGUUGCUCAUGACAGAGAUCUUGUUGCCAAGGGAAAAGUAGGCGUCUGUAACAGGUUAUGUGAAAACAAAGUCAUACGCACUUUUGUGCAGACUCCGAAUAACAUAUUUUCUUCAAGUUGUCUGUCCUGUAAUGUUAGUAGUGCAUGCAGUCACUGGGUGUGUGGACCACAUAAGGAGUAAAUCAAGAAUCAACAGGCAUUAAAUAACCACCGGUGUUUCAUGAAGAAGAAGAAAGUCCUGAAAAGCUACGACCUUCCUUCUGCUCCUGGUUUAACUCUCUUUAACAAUGUGGCUUAAUUUUUUGAUGGAUUUUGACCUCAAGGGGCUAUUCCUGUUUAUUUUUAUUUCAAUCCUUAUAACAGACUUUCUCAAAAAAAGGAAUCCACCAAAUUAUCCUCCAGGACCGAUGGCUCUUCCCCUUGUUGGGAAUUUCUUCAGUGUGGACAGGAAACAUCCACACAUUUAUUUCACCAAGCUGGCUGACGUCUAUGGGAAUGUGUUCAGCCUCCGUCUCGGCGGUGAUAAGAUAGUGGUCGUGUCUGGGUACAAGAUGGUGAAGGAAGCCAUAGUGACGCUAGCCGACAACUUUGUAGAUCGACCGUACAACGCAAUCACUGACAGGUUUUACUCAGGAUACUCAGGUGGUUUGUUCAUGAGCAACGGUGAAACAUGGAAGAGACAGCGACGCUUUGCUUUGUCUACCUUACGUACCUUCGGCCUGGGCAAAAGCACCAUGGAGCAGAGUAUCUGUGAGGAGAUCCGACAUCUGCAGGAGGAGAUAGAGAAGGAGAAAGGUGAACCUUUCAACCCAGCAAGACUCUUCAACCAUGCUGCGUCCAACAUCAUUUGCCAGCUUGUGAUGGGGAAGCGGUUUGACUACAGCGACCACGACUUCCAGAUCAUGCUGAUGUAUAUAUCUGAACUUAUUAGGAUUGAGGGCUCUGUUUGGGGUCUGAUGUAUCAGGCAUUCCCUAUAGUGAUGAAACACUUGCCAGGUCCCCACAACCAAAUGUUCGGCCAUUACAAAGACAUCCUAAACUACGUCAGUCAGGAGAUAAAGAGCCACAAGAAGGACCUGGACCACAGCGAUCCCCGAGACUACAUUGACGCUUUCAUCAUUGAAAUGGAAAAUAAUAAAGAGUCUGAUCUGGGCUUCAAUGAGACCAAUCUGGCUGUGAACGCUGUGGAUCUGUUCACUGCUGGAACGGAGACAACCGCCAACACUUUGCUGUGGGCUUUGGUUUUCCUCAUCAACAACCCUGAUAUCCAGGACAAAGUCCAAGCAGAGAUCGACAGAGUGAUCGGACAAACCCUACAGCCCACAAUGGCAGACAGACCCAACCUGCCCUACACUGAAGCUGUCAUCCACGAGACCCAGAGGUUGGGGAACAUUGUUCCUCUGAAUGGAUUCAGAAAGGCCGCCAAGGAUACAACACUGGGCAGUUACUUCAUACCCAAGGGUACAUCUUUGAUGCCCAUCCUAACCUCUGUGCUGUUUGACAAAACUGAAUGGGAGACUCCAAACACCUUCAACCCUGGACACUUCCUAGAUGCUGAGGGAAAGUUUGUGAAGAGAGAAGCUUUCCUGCCUUUCUCUGCAGGGAAACGGAUGUGUCUCGGAGAAAGCCUCGUCAAGAUGGAGCUGUUCCUGUUUUUGGUCGGUUUACUGCAGAAGUUCUCUUUCUCCGUUCCUGAUGGAGUAGAGUUGAGUACUGAAGGAGUAACUGGAAUUACACGUGUACCGCACCCCUUCAAAGUUUACGCCAAGGCUCGCUGAAUUAUGCAACAUCUUAUUGAACCAUUGUUCAUCUAACCAAUGAGUAACAGACAAGACUAAGCAAAACAGAGAAAUCCUCACUUUUUAAUCUCAACCUUUCACUGUUGUAUGAUUGCCUGGUGUUCUGAGGACCUGUUUAUUCUAUCUGCCUGUACAUUUAAUUCAUUGUGAUAGUUAUUUUUCCAUUAAAUAUUCUUGUAUUAAUGCUACUGUU